CGGAAGCUCUAUGCCACGUACGCACGUAGAGCUCAUUGGGUCCACUACGGAACUAGUGUCUUAGUGGUUUUGACCCCCAUUUACUGCCAACGACGAAAAGAGACGCUACGAUGCAGGAGUUGAUCGUCGUGCCGCUGCUGCUGCUGGGCUCCAUGCUGGUGCGGGAAGCGUCCCCGUCCCCGAGAGCUGCGCCCUGCCUUGCCCCGCUGCAGUGGGAGGGGAGGUGGGUCCUGUACGACCACAGCACCGGCAGGAACAACCGGGCCGCCGUGUCCUACGACGGACAGAGUCACAGGUUGCGAGUUCUGCAGCAGCACAAGAAGCACACGCCGUGUCAGAGGUACUUUGAGUUCAUCUAUUUGUACGAGAGCAUGGUGAUGUUCCAGAUUGACCAGAAGACUCAAGAAUGUGCCAAGGUGGAGCUGAGUGAGGCCUGGGAUCCCUUCGACAUCCCCAACAACUCCACCUUCGAGGACCAGUACAUCAUCGGCGGUCCCGGAGACAACGUCGAGGUGCAGGAGUGGUCGGACAGGAAGCCCGCACGCAAACACGAGACAUGGGUGGGAGUGUACACAGUGCGCGACUGCUACCCGGUUCAGGAGACGUACGUCAAGAACAGCACCGUGACCACAUCCACGCGAUUCUUCAACCUGCAGCUGGGCAUCAGCGACCCCAACGUCUUCACGCCGCCGCCCAGCUGCCAGACGGCCAAACCCAAAACGAUGGCGCAGAUGCGCUGCUGAGCCGCUCCACAACUACUCGUCACGUGCUGAUCAGGCUUUGGGAAGUGACAUAGAAUUUUUUCUUCUGCUUUUUACAUUUUUUUUUUCUCAUAAAAUCAUAACUACACUACAAGAGCAUGACUUUCAAAUGAUUUGUGUCCGAGUUUGAUUUCAAUAUUUGUCUAGUAUUAAUUCAUGUAAACACCACAAUCUUCAGAUAGUGUGACAAUAAAGCAA